UAUAAUAUUAUUAUUAAAAGAAGACGACAACAUGCUGGGAUAUUUAAAACAGUCUUUAUCUAAUGUAUUAAAAAAUGCAAAAGAAUAUGUAGCUGAUGUAUGUUUUGAAUUCCCAGAUAAUGAUACUCUAUGGGCGCAUAAAGCUAUUUUACUUGUACGGUUACCUGAAGAUUUUCGAAAUCAAUAUAUACCUCAAUUAAAUAAUCGACAUGAUAAUGAUGAUGAUGAUCCGAUCACUUAUAUUAAUAUCAGUCAUAUUAUUUCGUAUGCAUUAUUUUCUAAAUUACUCCACUUUUGGUAUCUUGCUGAGUUUUCUUCAUUAAAGGAGGAUGAACAAGAGAUAAGAAGUUUAGAAGAAAGAUUAGGUAUGAAAGUGAUAUCAGAAGAAAAAGACCAAUGGAUAACUGACUUGAAAAGAAUGAUGGAUGAAAGUAUAUGCAGUGACGUCGUCAUUAGUAUCUUCCAUGCUACUCCAAAUACGACUCAUCAUCCUCAGUUAUCAAAGGAGAAGCCACCCUCCUUUUCAGUACAUCGCUUUAUGCUUGCUAGUCAAUCACCUUAUUUUUAUACGGUUUUAUUUACUAAAGAGUUUCGUAAAGUCUCACUCUCCUCUGUUCAUCUUCCUUCAGAUGUCUUUUCAUCUAUUACGUUAAAAAUUAUUCUUUAUUAUUUCUAUACCGAACAACUUAUUUUACCUUCACUUUCUACUUUUACUUUAUCACCGCCACAAAGUCAUCUAAGUACAAAACGAUAUGAUUUGCGUCUCUUGGAUCAAGUCUUUAUAGCUGCAGACUAUUUGGGUCAUCCUACUGAUACGAUAUGUAAAGCAGUCUUGACAAGAAUGAAUACAAUCUGCCAUCAAUUUAAAUGUGUUUGUCCUGAAUGUGCCCGUCUUUUACCUUUCAUGCUCUAUUUUACGGAUAAACAUCUUCAACGACACAAGGAUAUCGCCAAGUUGAGGAUAAAAUUAAUGACACUCUAUAGUGAUCCACUUGAACGAUUUGUGCCUCUUUGGUCUCAAAGGCCAUUUGCAAUCCUAGUCAAUGCAACAAAACAGGAACAAAGUCACUUUUAUCAUCAUCGUCAACAUAUGACAGAGGAUGGAACACAAGUGAUUUCUCAGAUAUUUAUUAAUCAUCAUGAGACAGUACCUACAAAGAGGGAAGACUUUAUCACUCAAAUCACUCAACAGAUAUCUUCUAAUAUUACAAAACAAAAUUCGAUACGAGUCCUUCAUUCUCUUCAUCUUUGUCUAUCUGCUUUACGUAGUGCAGAUCCAUUACCGACUUGGUCACAUUCUCUUUUGUCUAUCGUGAUGGAUAAAUUAUUAAUACCUACAAUCGAACUAGUUGCGAAUGAUUUUGAAUAUUAUUGUGUAGAGUACCCUGUUUUAUUAUCUUGUGUAGAUGGUAUUGUAGAAUUCUCUGUCGAUUUUUUAGAAUUUGUCUUGAAAUGGAUUUUAAGUAAAGGAAUCAAUGAUAGAAAUGCAGACAAAUUAUAUCAGGGUAUUGUAAGGGAUUUAGGACGUCGACAAGAGGUAGUAAAGAAUGUAGUAAUCGAUCGUGUUCUUGAAGAUGCUAAACAAAAAUCUAUUGAAUACCUUUCAAAUCAUUGGAUAGAUAUUAAGGCCCUGGGUGGCUUUUCAACCAUUGAUAAAGAUAUUUUAAAAUCGAUUGCAGAAGAUAUUCAUGUCCCUGUUCGUAUGUUAACAAAGAUAUCAACAGAUAGUAGCGAUCAUUUUUCAUCCAUGUUUCACUUUAUGCCUACUACAAAGAAAGUCUCUACAAACCUCCUCAUUUCACCUUCUUCUUCUAUUAAAACAUCAAAACAUAAAGCCUCAUUAAAUAAUAAUCAUCAUUCACCCGAAAGAAGAGCACGCUCACUCUCUGCAGCAGAUGCUACAUCAUCUUCUAUCUUAAUACGACAUCAAUCUAAAAGCGAUAGAUCAGUAAAGACAGGAUAUUAUUCAGAUACAGAAGAGGAUUAUAACAAUCAUAACAAAAAUAGGAUAAAAGAGACAUGCUUAAUUGACGCGUUAUUACCUUUAGAUAAAGUCUUCAACACAAACACAAAUGAAAAUGAAAAUGAGAAUGAUAACCCUACAAAUACACGAAGAUCAAUUCGAUUUGCAUUACCCGAACUACCUGCAAGAAUGAAUAAUAUACAAUAUCAACAUCAACACCAACACCAACACCAACAACAACAACAACAGCAGAGGAAAAAAAAGACGAAUUCGACUAAUAAACGAUGGAGUCUUGUUAGAGGAUAUUAUAGUAGUGAUGAUGAUACAGAAGUAUCUAUUAUACCACAAAUUGGACAAAAAGUGGAAUUAUUAAGAAGACCUUUACCAACGUUAGGAACAAUAAAAUACAUUGGAAAUGUAGAGUUUGCAAGAGGUACUUGGGUUGGUGUCGAAUUAGAAGCACGCUUAGGAAAUAAUGACGGAUCUGUUGAAGGUAAACGAUAUUUCGAGACAUUUCCACAAAGAGGUGUAUUUGUUAAAAUUGAUGAUUUUAAAAUAAUAUCUGAUAAGAAAAAUAAUAACAAUUUAUAACAAAAAUAAUAAUAAUAAUUAUAAUAAAAAAAAAAAAAGAAAAGAAAAAAAUUCAUUUAUUUUUAACUCUUUUAUUAAUUCUUCUUUUUUUUUUCUUU